AUUGCUGCAUUCCACAAGGUAUGUAUGGAAAAGUGUCUCAACAGUGUUGUGGAACCAUUCUGGGUGGAUUGGGGGGAUGCAUGUCCAUCAGUCUUUCUCACACCUGAUGCACUCCAUCAAUGGCACAAGUUUUACUUUGACCAUUGCUUGCACUGGGUUAUCAAUAUUAUCAGAGGUACAGAACCUGAUCAUCACCUUGCUCUCCUUCAGCCAAGAAUUGGGACAUGUAAUUGGCUGAAUGGAAUUUCCACCCUCAAGCAGUGCACAGGCAGGGAACAUCAUGAUCUCAAAAAGGUACUGCCUAUUGUCACCACAGGGGCAUUGCCAGAUGAUGUUCUUUGCACCAUUUGGGCAAUUACUGAGUUUAUUUUUCUAGCACAGAAUGUCUAUCACUUCAACAAGACCCCACAUUCAUUCACAGAAGCACUGCAGGAGUUCCAUCACUAUAAACAAAGUGUCAUUUCUGCUGGAGGUUGCCAGGGAAAAAAUGGACCACUUCAACACUUCCAGAUCCCAAAGCUGGAGUUGGGUCAACAUGUUGUAUGGAGCACAUGUGCUAUGGGUGCUCCUUACCAAUGGAGCAGUGACAUCAUCGAAAGGUGUCAUAUUACCCAUGUCAAGGCUCCCUAUCACCUCUCCAAUUGCCAUGAUUUCCAUAAACAAUGUUGUUGUUUUCUUGAUCAACAAGAAAAACCACAUAGUGUAGUCACACUUUAG